UGUAAAAAAGAUCGUUUUCAUUUCAGUCUCAGUUAGAUGGUGCUACUUGAACAGGUAGAACGUGUUCGAUAAAAUAAUUUACGAAACAAUUAAUCGUUAUAAAAAAAAACAUUGUUUUUUUUUUGUUUCGUAAAAAUACUAUACUCAAAGUUUUCGCGCGUAAUUGUCAAAUUCCCAUGAGAUUAUAUUUUUUAAAUUAAAAAUCUUCACGAGUUUACAUAAAUCAUAAAAAUACCAUAAGUAAAAGUUUAGAUACAAAAUCUUUUGAUUUGCAAAAUUUAUCUGUGUGACUCAUCGAUCAAAUUUAUUAUAUUAAUUCCUCCUAAGUGAUAAGACCAUUAAGUCACGAUAAGAUUCAAGAAAUAUCAAAACAUAUUUAUCAAAGAAAUAAUAAAUAAUUAAAUUUGAUAUUCCAUUCAAAAUGGCUUGGAAUAUGUUUGGACUGAUUUUGCUAUUGACAUUGGCCAUUGGCAUUGAAUCAGCCAAUCCGCUUUAUAUUUUAAACAGGAACGGAACUUUACAAACGAUGAACAAAACCAGAAAUAAUAAUUCUUCAGAAUCAACAAGUCUUAUUUUAAAUGACACAGGACUGGAAUCAAUCCAGUUUCGUAAGAAACACAUCGACAGCGAAGAGAAGACACCAAAAAAUCGUGACUCAAUUGAGGAUGUAAAUGAUUUAAAAUAUGAAGUUGAGAUUCUUCAACCAGGAAGAAUCGAAAAAGAAGAUCUUGAAAUCGAAGAACGUUUCAAAGGUCCUUCAUUGAAUUUUGACACUAAUGAAUUUAUUGAGGAGAACAUUGAAGUUAAUUCACAAACAAUGCAACAAGGACAUGUCAUCUUGACAAUAGCCCUUAUUGGCUUAGCCGUUAUGUCAAUUGGAAUAUAUGCUGGCCUUGUGAUGUGGCGAUCGAAUUUAGAGAAAAAGUAUGGAAUGCGGCAACGAUUGAUGACAGAAGAUGACUUCUGUACGAACAUUCAUGAUGCUCGACCAUUUUAAUGCAGCAAACAAAAUACUGACAGAAGCCAACUUUUAAGUGUUCCAUACCAAUUAGAUAUAUGAAUGCCUUCAACUUGAUCAAAUUUCAAACGGAUUUGAAAUCGCUCAAAGUGUUAUUCAUCAUAAGCACAUUAAAUCGGGGAAUUUCCAGUUUUUAUUUUUAUUGUAUUGUUUUAAACUACCUUUGGAUGCUGACAUCGUCGUAAUUAUUAAAUCAAUGCAACUAUACCUUAAUUGUAUUAUUAGGUUCAGAUAUCAUGUGUAUGCGCAUUUUAAGUUUAAAACGUAAUUAAUGACAAUUAAGAUUAUUAAGUUAAGUGAGUGGCCCUUUCGGCUAACAUAUAUGUAGCCUCUUGUAUAAUAAGAACUAGUUUAUAUUAUUUUUUUUUAUUUUAUCUUUUAAUUUAAACACAAUGACUGUGAUAUUAAUAGGUUUACAAAUAAAUAUAUUAACGAUUCGUGACAAUGUAUAAAUACUAGAAGUUAUAAUUUAUAAUAAAUUAUAGGUACCUUACCUAUGCAAUAGAAACUGUU